GAAUGUGAGCGAUAGUAGAAGUGUAGUUAUUUUGUUUUGCUGUCUGCUUACAUAUGCACCUGUUAGCUUUAUUUACAUUUUCGAGUUAAUAAAUCCAGUCUAUGAAAGUAGCAUGCUUUAAUAACUUCAAAUGAAAUAUUUUGAUCCUUUUACAUGAAAUAAUUUUUUUUCUUGCCUUGGGUUGUUUAUUUAAGAAUACCUAUGGAAUAAUCAAGAAAAUUAUAUCUAUCUGACAUAAUCUAUAGGAAUAACAUCUAAUUUAGAAUGUAGAUAAAGGCAAGACAUAGUUCUCUCUACUUUUAGAAACAUCAUGUAUUCGGAAUGGAUAUCAGUUCCAGCCACAAGGAAUGCUGAAGAUAGGCGGUGGAGUGUCUUACAUACUUUGCCUUCAAAUGCUGGCAGAGAUGUAGUUAUUGCUGUCAUCAAACCAUUGGCCAGUAACCUUGGCAUAAGUACACCAUCAUGUGAACCUAGCGUUCUUGUAACAGACAAACAAGUUCACUGGUGCAUGGAGGUAAUUUGCUUUGGUUUAGGUCUUCCCUUGUCAGAACAUGAAGCAAUUCGGGAUUGUGUCAAUGUUUAUUGUGAAUGGAUGUUAGCUUUAACAAAACCAAAAGUAUGUGUUCCCAAGUGCAUUUGUGAAGAUCCUAACAUGUAUACAAGGAAUAUGUUGAGCCAUUUGUACAACCUUUUUCUACCAAGAAAUGAUAAUAGUGCUGAUAUUAUAAACAGACAAGCUGUAUUGUGUCACCGAGUUUUAAGGACGAUAGAAACAGUUGCUCAAGAGUCAACUAUUAUUGAGAGAGAAACCUGGGAUGCAUUGCUUUUAUUUCUCUUAGCUAUUAAUGAUACUCUUCUUGCACCUCCAUCUGUUCCUGAUGACAUUGGAAGUCAUUUAUGUGAAAGAAUUCUUGGUGUACUGAUUGAAGUGUGGCUACUAGCUUGCCAUCGAUCUUUUCCAUCUCCAUCAUUAUGGAAGACAUUUCGUGAAUUGGCUUGCAGCUGGCGACAUCGGAUAGCUUUGGUUGAUCAAUGGAAUAAAGUGAAUUUAGCUCUUACAACUCAAGUAUUACAAUUUAUGUAUGGAUCUCAUUUUCCAACUGCUAAAAUUCCUGAUGAAGAUUCUCAUCUGGUGCCUUCUGAUAUGAGCAAAGAAUGCAUUGCUCAAGCCUGGUUUAGAUUAUUACACACUAUUGGAAAUCCUGUGGAUCUGUGCAGACCAGAAGUCAUUAGUCAAACACCUAAAUUUUACCACUUUGCUUUGAGUAGUGAAAUGGUUAUUGAUCCAUGCCAACAUCCGUGCUUAGCUGUUUUGCCUCAGAUAUUUUACAAAGCAAUGAAAGGAAUAUCUAAUCUUGUUGAUGUAUUUCUAGGUAUAGCUCAAUUAGAUAAUGAAGAACCUGUUCACAUUCCAAGAACAUAUUCUCACACAAUUUCAUCUUCAUCAAGUACACCUCCUCACAAUAGAAGGGGAUUUGCAAAAGGUGCUCCUAAAGAUCCUGCUAGUAAAAGUACACAGAAGACCAGCCUGAUUUCUAAUUUGACUUCAGUGAAAUCUGGUAGCAAUCAAACUCACCUUCUGUCACAGUCACAGCAGCAAGCAUUAAAUCAGCAAACACCUCAACAAUCUCCCAUUUCUACUCCAACUACUUCAUCAGCCCCUCCUCUUCGUCCACCUUUGUCUCCUUCCCGUCCAAAGUGCAAUUCAGUCCUCCAUCUUUUUGGAUCAUGGCUGUUUGAAGCUGCACUUGUUGGAUCAGAUAUGACAUCAUUUACAUCAAACUCUGAGCAGAAUGAUAAUAGCUUGCGAAGACCCAGCUCAUUAGUCUUGGAUAGUAGGCAGAAUUCAGCACCUAUGCUUGAAUCCUUUGAAAUACCAUCUAACUUAACUUUAGAAAAUUUUGAAUCAGGACAAGCAGAAGCUGUAGGCUCAUUGUGCAGAAUAUUUUGUGCAAAGCGGACUGGCGAAGAAAUACUUCCUGUUUAUCUUGCUAGAUUUUAUUCUGCAUUGCAAUAUGGAUUAUCUGGUGGAACAGCAAGAGGACAAAUGUUAGCCAGUAUUCUUAUGAACUCGAGUGAUUUACUUCGCAAAGAUUUGGAUGGUGUGAUGGUUUUAUUACCCGAUUUUCUUCAAGCUCUUGAACUUGUGUUGCCUGGUGAAAUGAAAACAAGGCAGAGUUCUUUUGUGGGCCAUGCUGAACUUCGACAUUCUGCUAUUCAUUUACUUCUUUCCAUGCUUCCUUUGCCACUCCAUUUUUUCAAUUUGCCUAUUAAAAGUUUAUCAUCUAGUGAAAAAAGCAAUCUUACAUUUCAAUCUCUGAGGAUUCGAUUAGUGAAUCUCCUUAUUAAUGCAUUACAAGUUGAAACUGAAUCAUUGAAUAUACAUAUGCUGCUAGGUGGUCUUUUGUUUUACAUUCAAGAUUCUGCUGCUAGUGAAGAAGUGGAACAAAUUACUCAACCUCCUUUGAAUGACAAUGCUAGUGUUGAAUCUGUCAGUAGUGUUUUGUCGUCCGAACUACAGACAGAAGUAGCUGAAAGCUGUGAUUCACUAGGCUCAUCUGAAUGCAGCAGUUUGGGUCCUGAUCUCGACAACCUCCUUCGCACAGAUUUUCCACUCCUUAUAGAUGAUUCAACACAUGCUUUAUUCUUACGUGCUACAUAUCUAAUCUGUCAUCGUUUGAUAUCAUCAUGGAUGACAGAUCUCAAUGUAUCUCUUGCUGCUCUUGAAGUACUUUCUGGUUUAGCUCGCAUUCAUUUACCACAAGCAGAUUCAUUGGAAGGAAAAAGGGCUGUUAAAUGGAUUUGUGAUUAUAUUGUAUUCCAAUGUUCUAGACCACCACCAGCUCAUUCAAAAGAUUUGCAUUCUACAAUUGUGGCAGCUUAUCAUUGUGUUACAACUUGGCUUGUAGAACACCCUGAUCUUUUAAAUGAUAAAGAAACUGUUCAUACUGUGCUUGAAGUAGUAGAACUUGGCAUUUCUGGCUCUAAAUCUCAGCCAAAACGAAGUGAUCCUCCAAAAUUGAAAGGUGAUAAGGAGUUAAAACCUGCAUCUAUGCGGGUUAAAGAUGCUGCUGAAGCAGUGUUAGCAUGCAUGCUUGAAUAUGUUGGAUAUUUUCCUCCUCCAUGUGGUUCUCAAAAUCUCUCAUCACUUUUGGAUGAGAAGUCUUUGCUUCAGCAAUGUAAGAAUUUGGAUGAUGAUCAACUUACUAAGGAAGAAGUUGUGAAACACUUUCGUUAUUUUGCUUUGGGCAAUUCUAUUAUUUUGGCAUUACUGGAACAGCAUUUAGGAAAUGAACAAGAUCCUCAACCAACUUUAACAGCUCUAAUUAGGGGGCCCUUUGGUCGACAUGCAUGGUGUGUACAAUUGCGACAUUUACCUCAUCAUAAAUCUGGCAGUAAACAUUAUGCUGUAAAUCCUGGUAGACCCUUACCUAUGAAUGAUGUUGGAACAAUUCAUAAUAUUAAACAACGCUAUUUUCCUGAGGCAGUUGAUAAAAUUCCACUAUGUCAAGGAGUUGAAUACAUUCUGAAGAAGAAUUACCUAUUGUCUUUCUUAAAUAGGGACAAAAGUAUACCAUCUCUUGAAAAUAUAUCACAAGUUGGUGCUGGUGAAUUUGAUAAAUUCUUGAAACUCAUUGACAAUCAAAUUAAUUUUGAAACUUCUGUAAAGAAACAAGUUGAAUCUCAACAGCAUGAAUAUCCUAAUCCAGAAACUGAAUGUAAAGCACCAAGUUUGUGUCAGGAAUUUCAGACUUCCCGUCUUUUCCUGUCUCAUCUCGGUUUUCUUAAUUCUGAAGCUUUAAAGGAAUCAUUGACUCAACCACUACCAUCAUUAGUUUCCUUAGAUCAAAAAGCAGAAAAUUUUUUCUCUAAAAUAGAAGAAAUUGAUAAUACUCCGAGUAGGACUGCUGAUACUGUUUUCAUCUUAUACGUGAAAAGUGGACAGACUUCAGUUGACAACUUUCUCCAGAAUGUUACUCAGCGGAACAUCCAUCCUCAUUUUAUGGAAUUUUUACGAUCAUUAGGAUGGCCUGUCGAUGUAAAGAAACAUGCAGGUUGGACUGGUCAUAUAUCAACAGCCUGGAAAGUUCUUCCAUCUGAUGAUUUAGAUACUAUUUCAGAAGAGGAUACAGUUAGUGUGUAUAAUGGAAAGAACAAAGUUCUUUAUUGGUCAGAUGUAUCCUCAGAGCUAGCUUUUGUAGUUCCAAGCCCUGUUUCUCUUAAAAGCCCAAAAAUGGUAAGAAAAGAAACAAAAGUACAUGAAUUUGGAGAUGAAAUUAUUCUGAGAAAAAAUACAGAUGUCCGAGAUGUUGAUAGAAGAACAAUGCCAGCUGCAUCUUUCUCAGAAAUGCCUAUACCCAGGGCUAUGUCUCUGAAUUUGGACGCUGGAGAUGAUAUCUCCCAGGGGCGUAGUUCUGGUAGAAAGUUUGGCCGACAGCAUAGCUGUGCUAUUGUUUGUGAAAUGAAAGUAGUGGUAGUAUGGUUGGAGAAUCUGGAUGAUCAUAUAAAUUUUCCUCUUGCUGAUGUUUUGCCUCUAAUGAGUACUGGAUUAGAGCCGCCAAAUUUUAUAUCUCGUACAUCAGAAAAGGAUCUUUUUGUUAUUUUUGUACACCCUUUGCAGAGUGGAUUAUACCACAUCAAACUUCAAGGACCUGCUGGGAAAAUGUCUCUUGCUUUACCCUUGGUUGAUGGCAUGGUUGUGAGCCGCAGAACUUUGGGUAUUCUAGUUCGACAAACUGCUUUAAAUAUGUUACGAAGAAAGAGGUUAGAUGCAGAUAGUUGCCAACCGCCUCAUGUAAGGCGAAAAUUGAGAAUACAAGAUGUUAUGAACAGAUAUCAUAAAAAACUAUCAGAAUCUGAAUUUAUUUCAUCUUUGUAUCACCCUUCUGCUGGACUUUGAUUUCCACAUCAUCUUUUUUAUAGAAAAGAGGAAAAAAUUAUUGUAAAUUUAAAGUCAGAAUUGAUAAUCCAUGUUUAUGAUUUCUUGUAAAAUAAUAAAUUGAUGUACAUAUAUA